GUGCUGACGUGCAAUACGUGGCCUCACAUCUUGUACCUAUUAGAUCCCGUCUUGUCUCACAUCUAUAGAUCUUAUAGAUGUGAGCAACGAUAAGGACCGGCGACUGACAACCGACAAACCGCGAGUCGGUCAAAUAUUCUUACUAUUCAUCCUCAAUUCUUAUUCCCUCCCCUCCUCCUCUCCCCCCCAUCGUCCCCGUCAUCAUGUACAACUCCAUAACCCGAAUACAAAAUGUAUUCGGCUUCUUCACCACCGUCGCAUUCGUCGUCACCGCCCUAAUCGCCGCCUCCGACUUCGCCGCGCCCCGGACCCCGAGCGCGACGAUAAAACCUACCAACGUCCAGGUGGUUAAAGGCCGACCGCACUACUACAGCACCAAGAAGGAAGAAUACGCCAUCAUCAGGUUCUCGCUAAACGCCGACUUCUCGUCCCUGUUCACCUGGAACACCAAGCAGCUGUUCGUGUACGUAACGGCCGAGUGGCCCGAUGUGGGUAGCGCCGCGAACCAGACCAACAAGGCCGUCAUCUGGGACUCCAUCAUCACGAGCCCGAGCGCCGACCACCUGAGCAACCUGGGACCCGCGGCGCUCAAGAAGCUGCGCAAGAGCGCCGCGGGCAAGACGAUAGAUCCGAGCCGAGGCAAGCUCUCCCUCAAGAACCAGAAGCCCAAGUACCAGAUCACACACCCGUCGGGCCAGAUCGCGUCCGCGCCCGACGUCGUCCUGCGCGUGCACUACCACGUCCAGCCCUGGGUCGGCGCGCUCACCUGGAGCCGGCAGGACGCCGACCUCGGCCUCUGGAAGAAGAUGGCCGACGGCGUCAGCGCCGCCUUCGCCCUGCCCGCCCUCAAGAAGAAGGACGGCGAGACGACGACCAAGACCAAGGCCAAGGCCCGGCAAAUCUGAGUCUGAGUCUGAGUCUGAGUCUGAUCUUUUCGCAAGGAAAUGGUCUAAUGGGUGUUGGAAAGUACGUAACCUAAAAUGUACC